AUGAAACCAGCAUACCCGAAGAGAGAUUACAAAGAACAGCCUGUCAAAAACACCAGCAGAAUAUCUCAUUUCCAGCGUGAAAAUCACAGCUACACAAUCCUCACCAUCGAUAAUGUCAGCACGUACGAUGACGGAGAGUACAGCUGUAAGGCGUAUUUUUACACAGCUGCGGAAGAGCAGAUUGUGAACAAAACAUUACUUUUUGUGAAAGCUACCCCAGAAAUCCGACUCCUCGCUCGUUCAGUGAAUGAGAGACGAUCCCUGAUUUGCAGCGCCGUGGGUUUUUACCCUCGUGAUCUGAACCUGUCCUGGGUUUACUCCCCAUCCGGGGAACCUGAGGAAACUGAGGAACCUGAGGAACAAGGAUCAUUCAUGUUGAACUCGGACGGGACCUAUAGCAAGAACGCCAGCCUGCAGUUUGAAAAGGGAAUGUGGAACACUGGCACUGAAAUCACAUGUCUAGUGAAUCACACAUUGCAUGUUCAAAGAAUCAGCUAUGCAGUGAGCUCUGAGACGGAAAUGAGUGAUUCUGUGACCCUCACCUGCAGCACUCUGAGUCCCUACCCUCCACGCGUGACCCUGUCCUGGGAUUCACCUCCUGGUGGACCCCGCUCUUCACAGCGGGGACCCCCCUCGUUAAUCCAGGACGGCAUUUACAGCACAAACGCAAGCCUGCAGAUUGAACGGUCUCGCUGGGACGAUGGCUUUGAGGUUGCAUGUGUGCUGAAGCCAAGGCUAAGCGACGAGAGAAUCAUCGAUGACGGUAAUCAUGGCAAAUGGUAUUACCGUUUCCUGAUUGUACUGGUUGGUUCCCUGUUUGUGAUGCUGCUGAUGGUCUGUGCUCUGAAACGCCUGCCAGCAGAUCAGAAACCCCACAGAAGACACAACAAUGGAGAUGAGAAGUCACAGUGUGGAGAUGACCUACAUUACACUAACAUCCAGUACAAAAAACAGGAAACCGCAAUGUAGCUCAAAGCAGGAGCGAGGUGAUGGGGAGACUGUGUACUCGCCUGUCAGGAUGCGGGACGGAAACGACCAGGCCAGUGAGAUCAUCGUGUACGCAGCGCUGGAGCUGCAGAGCAGAGCCCCCUGCAGACCUGUGGCUGACCGCGACCACUCCACUGAGUACGCUGCUGCACCAGAGCUGAGGCGCACACGCGACCCCGUUUCCAACAACAAAGCAACGCAGCCCUUCACACUUCAGAGAUGAGACUAAAGAAACCAAGCCAGGCAAACACACAUUUCCACCCUGACGUCGUCAGCAGCCCCGAGUUGCCAUUAUUUUCUGUUAGUUUUACUGACAUUCAAUGGAACGCGUUUAAUCUCGAGCGCAUUCUUUUGUGUGUUGUUCUUGGUGAUUCACGACACGUAUCGUAUCUUGUGAUAUAACCCACUUGCUUUAGUUUGGUAUUUUAUUCAGAAAAAACUAACUUUUACAUUUCUUUAUAAGUUUAUAACUUUGCAAAUGCGGCCCUUUCAUAAUCUGUAUUAUUAAAAAGCAUGGUAUCUUGGCCAUUCUUCUCAGUCUCUUCUAAAGCUCAUUAUUAUCCAGAAAUGGAAACUGCUAGAAUGUUCAUUAGUAAAUCAAUGCGGACAAUGUGUUUGAAACCCAAUGCCACGAAACUGGUAUUAAAAACUAUAUGAGGAUACGCAGGCGUGUCUAAUUGUUUUCUCUGACUCUUUCAAAGUGACAUAAACGAGUGUGAAGAGACGAGGAGCAGAUACAUGAAGGAAACGAGACCUGCACGCACAAUCCGUCUGUUUAAUACAGAAAUGAUAAUACACCGGAGCGUAGAUUUCCAUCUGACACUAAAUAGCUAGAGAGCACAGAUCAUGUCCGCAUUCCUUUUCAAUAUUUUACCUGAAAAGUAAAAUAAGAA